AUGGAUAGUAGAGUUGUAAUACUGUAUUACCUUGUGGUUGCAGUUUUCCUGGUUAAAAUUACCUGUGACCCAGUGCGACCAUGUCGAAGCAAACGGUUUUCUUACUCGAUUGCAGAUUCGGAACAAUGCGACCAAUUCUACAGGUGCAGGAAUGGUGAAAUGACUGAAGAACUCUGUCCAGACGGGCAGGUCUAUGAACCUGGAAGUCAAUCUUGUUUCAUGCCUCAGCGAGUUAUCUGCGGCAAGAGAAAACAUUUACGUAAAAGAAGGAGAAACGUUGUGUGUCCAAGACUUUUAGGAAGACUCACUCCAACGGACUCUGCUUUUAAAAAUGAUCGCUUCGGAGGUUUAAUUUUCGAUGAGGAUCAAGCGGUUUGUGAGUUUCCCGAUAUGGCAAACCACGCAGAAUGCUCAGCUUACAAAAUUUUGAACUUCACUUAUCCGUACGGAUCAAACGUACAGUCAGACAAUGUUGUUCUGUUCUUUGGUGAUCAUGAACGCUUCCCUAAAAAGGAGGAUUGUCAGCAUUUCUUCAUGUGUUUGAAAAGUGGUCGACCUCGCCAAGGGGGAUGUCCAAUAGCAUCAGCCUACAACCCGAACACUUUCCUUUGCGAUAAACCUGCAAACGUUCCUGGAUAG